AGUUACCAAAUUCUUCUUAGCCAUCAUCUUCACCAACCCAACAACCUCAUCAUUUUCUUUUCUUUGUUUUCUUUCUCUUCAAACAAUAAAAUAAUUCAAAGCUUUCAACUAUAUAAAUAGAGCCAUCACACAAAACCAAAUCGUUCGUUCAUCAAUUCAGAUCCAACCACUCAUCUCACCAACCUCAUCCAUUCUCCUUCCGAUUAAGAAGAAAUGGCACGCAAGAAGAUCAGAGAGUAUGAUUCUAAGAGACUGUUGAAGGAGCACUUUAAGAGACUUUCUGGCAAGGACUUACCUAUCAAGUCUGCACAAGUUACAGAAGCCACUGAUUUCACUGAGCUGCAAGACAAGGAACAAUGGCUUUCUUCUUCUAAAUUGGUUGUGAAACCUGACAUGUUAUUUGGGAAGCGUGGUAAAAGUGGUUUGGUUGCCUUGAAUUUGGAUUUGGCACAAGUUGCUUCAUUUGUGAAAGAGCGUCUUGGUAAAGAGGUUGAAAUGGGUGGAUGCAAGGGACCAAUAACAACUUUCAUUGUUGAACCUUUCAUCCCACAUAAUGAAGAGUAUUACCUUAACAUUGUCUCUGACAGACUUGGAAACAGUAUAAGCUUUUCAGAAUGUGGAGGAAUCGAUAUUGAAGAGAAUUGGGAUAAGGUUAAGACCGUAUUUAUUCCAACGGGAGUAUCUCUUACAUCAGAAAUCAUUGCCCCACUUGUUGCAACCCUUCCCUUGGAGAUCAAGGGAGAAAUUGAGGAAUUUCUCAAGGUGAUUUUCACUCUGUUUCAAGAUCUGGAUUUCACUUUCUUAGAGAUGAAUCCUUUCACAUUGGUUGAUGGAAAGCCUUAUCCUUUGGAUAUGAGAGGCGAGCUAGAUGACACUGCUGCUUUCAAGAACUUCAAAAAACGUUGUCGUACUGGUUGCAGGUGGGGUAACAUUGAAUUUCCAUUGCCAUUUGGAAGGGUUAUGAGUGCCACUGAGUCUUUCAUUCAUGGAUUAGAUGAAAAGACAAGUGCAUCUCUAAAAUUCACUGUGUUGAACCCAAAGGGCCGGAUUUGGACAAUGGUUGCUGGAGGAGGCGCUAGUGUCAUCUACGCUGAUACGGUAGGCGAUCUUGGCUUUGCAAAUGAGCUUGGAAACUAUGCAGAAUAUAGUGGUGCACCCAAUGAAGAGGAAGUUUUGCAGUAUGCCAGAGUUGUAAUUGAUUGUGCAACUGCCAACCCCGAUGGCCAAAAAAGGGCUCUUGUUAUAGGCGGAGGCAUAGCCAACUUCACUGAUGUUGCUGCUACUUUUAGUGGGAUAAUUCGGGCACUAAAGGAGAAGGAAUCAAAGUUAAAGGCAGCAAGAAUGCACCUUUAUGUGAGGCGAGGGGGUCCAAACUACCAAAAGGGUCUAGAAAAAAUGCGAGCACUUGGAGAGGAAAUUGGCAUCCCGAUUGAGGUUUAUGGACCUGAAGCAACAAUGACUGGUAUAUGCAAACAGGCAAUACAGUGCAUUACUGCUUCCGCUUAACUAUUCAUUUCAGGUCAAUGCUUUCUUAUGUUCAUGUCAUCUGCAAGUUUGAAGUGAACGUUGAUGGUUGAUUCUUAAUUUCCUUUCCCGUUCCUGGAAUUUGUAAAUUUAGUUACACCGUGUGUUUACAAAAUGAAGUCAUCCAAAAAGAGUGGUUGAAAAUGUUGUCUCAGUUUUUGUAGAAUUUGAUGGUACUGUCUUGAUACAAUAAAUAUAGUUUUUUUUUUUGUUUGUUUGACUGAUA